AUGUUACGGCCGAAGGCGUUGACGCAGGUGCUGAGCCAAGCAAACACAAACGGAGUCCAGAGCACACUGUGAGUACUGUUAGCUGUUAGCAGCAUGUUAGCAGGAUGGUACAGAAGUUACAUACUGACAUUAUAAUCCUCUCUGAAUCUUUGAAGACGUUUACGAAAAUUUCCUGAAACAUUAAGAUAUGGAUAGUUUGUGAUACAGAAACAAACGUUACUCAUUUUUAACGUACGGAGUUAGUAAAGCAGACAAACUAGCAGUGUUGAAAUGGUGGAUAAAAAUGAACAUAUUUAGCUCUUCAUCUACUGCCUGCUCUGGUAAUCAUGUUUUAGUAACAUAUUAUUUGAAAUAUCACUGUAAUUGUCCAUUCAUUUACAUGGUUCAAUAUUCCUGACCCACUGUAAGUCAUUUAAUACAAGCAGAGGCGGAUCCAAAUGGCAGCCAGGGGUGGCCCUGCCCUCCUGAAUUUAAUGGCCACCCUAAAAUCCCAAACUUGGUUGUGACAUGAAAGUGCUUGUGCUACUUAAUUUGUUAUUCGUACUUUUGUUACAGGGACAACAUAUAAAAACAUAAACAUUUCAUUUAUUUUUAUUUAAAAAACAACUUUUCAUCAAGUCUCGGGUCUAUCCUGCUGAGCAUUUUUUGGUCUAAAAGAGGUCAAAUAGACGUCUAAAUGUAGCCUAGACGACUGGUCUAAAAUCAGGCUACCACAAUGGCUUGCUUAAUGGCUAUCAUAUCAUGGGAUGGAUUGUGAGUUGAGGGGACUCCAUUGCGCUUUGCUGCCUGUUAAAUCAUCCGCCAAACCCUCAAACCUUUUCUUGAAUCAGUCACACGGUACAGCCGGGCAACAAGGCUUCAGACGUCAUCAUUUUUGGCUCCACCCCUACAUGAAGCAAGCCUCGAUACGCACUUCACGGAAACGCCCCCUCCAUUGGCCGACACACGCUCCGAAGCCUCGGCACAUCUCGUAACAUCACUACUUCUCUGCUUUCUUUUAUUUUUUAAGUGAAACAUCUCCACAUAGCACAACAUUCAUUGAUACUUUAAGGGGACUGUCAGGGUUGAUAUGGAUAGCAAUGUAAGCUAGGGUAACGAUAUGCGAUUCAUCAUCUCGCCCUGCUUCAGAUGUUGUCAACAGUGUGAUGAAACUUAUAGUCUUUUGUAAUUCAUUGACAUCUUCAUCUACUGAUCACUAGCUUACUGAAUAAUGAAGGCUCACUCCUGGCGUACUCUGGUUAUGGAGACACGGAUGCACGGGUGACAGCUGCCAUUGCCAGCAACAUCUGGGCGGCCUAUGACAAGAACGGACAUCAAGCCUUUAACGAAGACAAACUCAAAUUCAUCCUCAUGGACUGCAUGGUAAGACAAGUACAAGUCAUCCAUAACCAAAGAAGCUGUACGUCGAUAUAUGAUGAGUGAUUGCGAUACUGGCAGUUUUCAAAAACACAAAGUAAAUAUAUAAGUGAAUUCAGACUCUGUGGCGCUUUAUAACUGUGUUAUUUUCUGUUUCAGGAAGGGAGAGUGGCCAUCACUCGAGUAGCUAACCUUCUUCUGUGUAUGUACGCCAAAGAGACAGUGGGAUUCGGGAUGCUUAAAGCCAAGGUGAGAGUUUUAUCAGUUUCAAUAUUUGCUACCCACACACACAAAGUAUUCCUGAUAGUUUGAUGAACAUGUUAGGUUUUGAUUCAGGACUUUCAUUAGUGUGUCUUAUUUUUGAUUAACUUGAACUUGCUUAUUUACAGAUGUAGGGAUGAUACUUGGGACAAGAUGCUCACCUUAAUUAUAUUCACAAAUCUCAGCAUUUUUGUUGUAUUCUUAUACAUUCCAAGGCUUUUUUUAAAACUCCACAAAUUAAACUAAAGCUGUCCCAUAGACUCUUUAUACUGAAACACACCUUUAUUUUAUAUCACAGCAUAUAUUACUGAGCACAAGGACAGCCAGACACCCUCAGAAUUUAUGUACAAAUACAUUUAUGACUGGAAUUCUUUGUGCGACUUUUUUGAAGCGCACUGCUACAUAACUGCACUGUGAGCUGCUUGACCUUCUUGUGGAAGUGAGAAAAAAUAAACUCCCAGCACAAGCGGAGACUUUGUGGCUGUACACAAAGACGGAUGACGCAUCUACUCCCACUGUACCACCGUGAAACCAAAACACCUCCCACCCCCACAACUUGCACUUUGAAGCCAGAACAUGCCCAGUAAGGGUUGGCUGGUGGAGCUGGUAUUAACCUGUCUUGAGUUUACUGAACACACAUUUAAAGCUACAGUGUGGGAUUUUUGACGGGUUCUGAAACAGGCUAAAGUCUUUGUUGAUGCCUCGUAAGUUAAGCAGAACAUCAGAAAGAAGAUCAGCUAUUUCUAUGAAGUGUCUUUUUAUGUCUGAAAAUGCUGCCUGGGGGUGAGUGUGUCGAUCAAAGUGAUUCAUUUCCUGCUUCAGAAACUGACUUUUUAACAUUUAUCACAGCGAAGAGCUUGAGCUUUAGUUACCAGUGAAGUGGCAAAGAUCCUCCAUGUUAGCUCAGCGCUGCAGCAUCUUGUGUUUGUCUGAAGCAGAAACUUACAGAGUACUUGAAUGACUCUUUUGUUAGUGUUACUUUCAUUCCCUAUUGUCAUUCCUCCUUUUCUUUUCUAAUUCACACUGCACUACACGAGCUGCAUUUACAACAGAGCUGUCAAUCAUGGAAUUUGAUGCUUUUUUUAGCCUCUAAUGAAUGUGGUUGACUUGUUUUUCUCGUUUCAUGUUUUAAAUGUAUUAUUAUCACCUGUGUAUGAAGAUGCUUGAGUGGGAAUAGUGUGGCCUGACUGUCUCGACUUUUCAAUUUCAGGAAGUUUCUUCUGGAUCAACUAAAAGUUAAAGGUGGUGUAGUCAGGAUCUGAGGAAGUGCCAGUUUUUGGGAGAAAUCUUGAAUGUAAACUCUACCCCUCCAACCAGUUUUCCCCUCAGCUCCUCCUCUCUCCUCAAGCCCCGCCCACAAACAGACGCUCCUGCUCGUUCGUAUCGUUCCAAUUAAAUUCAGAUAUAAUGCAGAUAAAUACUUCAGAUAAUUACAAAUGGGGCCCAGUCAACGUGAAAGUAAAAAGCAUUGGUGCUACUGUAGAUGCAAACAGACGACCAGCAAACAUAAUGUUUGCAGGACUUCUACAACUAGGAUAAAGUGACAUAGUCCAGGACCCAAGGGAGACAGUUUAGCGGCGCUACAACAUGCAGCAGGUCCGUUUGACAAGAAACACUUCUGUUACAGACACUUGGCUUACUUUGUUUAAGCGGUUUACCUGUCCAGCAGAAAGUUUACAGGGUCUGUAAGAUCCGGAAGCGUCCCCGAAGCGUUUAUGCUAUCUUGACCCGGCUUUUAAGCUCUCGCCUGGCUUUUUAAGCGCCCAUUAUUCCGCCAGAGUCUCCGGUAUUUACUUCGUUUUCUUGCUUGUGUUGGCAGUAUCAGCUAAAGGAGGAUUCAGACAAUUUUCCGAACUUUCUGGUUGGUUUCUACUGUACGAUAUUGUAGCAGGCUAACUUUGUUUGGGCUCGUGAACGACACGGGGGAGCAGCGUCUGCCUCACAACCAAUCGGACUCGGGGAGGUGGAGAAUGGCUUUGUUUACAGUCAGAAAGAGCGGGCCGCUCAAAAAAGCUUUUUUUAUAUACACCACAAAAAAAGAUGCUUCUUGAGCGGAUUCCUGCCUACCCCACCUUUAAAUGAAACAAACAAUAAACUUAUAUCUAAUCAGAGCUGAACCUCAGGGGAUCUGGUUUGGCCCUGUUUGUAGGUACUCACCUGGCUUUGUUGUGUUUACAGGCAGAGGCCCUGGUACAGUACCUGGAGGAACCACUGACCCAAGUCGCUGCAUCUUAG